UACAGAAUAGAGGGUGAUAUGUCACAGUUAAAAAUCCCAGUUAGUUUAGACCCCUAAAAUACAAAAAUUAGAUAGCUUUUAAUUACGCUGCUUCUACAAGCUCAUUAUCUUUACAAUUAACUGUACAUGCAGGCAUUGCCAGUUUUCACCUUUACUAACCAGGCUGGUCUUGACAUGCUUGAGACAACCUUGGUCGCCCUUCAAGACAUUACUUUGGAGAAGAUAUUUGAUGAUCAUGGAAGAAAAACUCUCUGCUCUGAGUUUCCACAAAUUAUGCAACAGGCAAAGAAGAAAAUGGUUGAAUUAGUACAUAAAAUCAUCGAAGCGAAAAGGAAGAACAGAGGCAGAUCAGAAGUUGCAAAAGAUGUAGCUGAUGUUUUGCUGAAUGAUGCAAGUGAAGAGCUAAAUGAUUAUCUAAUUUCAGAUGUUUUUAAUAUUAUAAGCCAUAUUAGUAGAUUGUAG